AGUAACAAACAGGGUUUAGGUUUAGGGUUUUGAAUUCUACAGCGUAAGUUAUUCGCCAUCGACAUCUACCAUGAGUCCGCUCUGCAAUUUCAACAGCCUUCGAUUAGGGUUUUCAACAUCUUCUUCUACAUUUGCUUCCAAAUAUCUAAAACCCUCACAUUUCCCUCCUCAUAUUCAGAUACUCUGCGGACACUUGACCUCAAAAAUCCCAGAAACCCACCACAGUUUCACAGUAAAUUACCUCAUAAACUCAUGUGGGCUGUCCCCAGAAGGUGCGAUUUCAGCAUCUAAGUGGGUCGAGUUGCGAUCCCCCAAAAUUGCAGACUCCUUUCUGUCCUUCCUCAGAGACCAUGGAUUCUCUGCCACCCAGAUCUCGAAGGUGGUCAGGUCCUGCCCACAACUUCUUUACUCCAAUCCGGAGAAAACCCUUUUGCCAAAGCUUGAAUUUUUCAGGUCGACUGGAGUUUCAAGGGAGGCCCUUGCAAAAACUCUGGCGUAUGAUCCGCAUAUUUUGGCUAUGAGCUUGGAGAAGCGGAUUACACCCACUUAUAAUUUCCUUAGGAGUAUCAUUUCUGAGAAGCACUUCGUUGCUUUUUUGAAGGGCGGUUCGCGUAUUUUCUUGGAAGGGCAUUCGAAGAAUGUGGCACCAAAUAUUGAAAGUUUGAGAGAAUUAGGUAUGCCCCAAUCACGUAUUUCUCUGUUGCUAACUCAUUUUCCUACCUGUUUAUUACGAAAGCCUGAGGAUUUUGGCAGAGUUGUGGAUGAGGUUAAGCAAAUGGGCUUUAAUCUGGAAACAUCAAUGUCUGUGAUGGCAAUAAAAGCAUUGUGUAGUAGGAAUAGUAAGUCCAUAUGGAAUCGUAAUUCUGAAGCUUAUAAGAGGUGGGGUUGGUCUGACGAUGAGGUUCUCACGGCUUUCAGGCAGUUCCCGCAGUGUAUGACUAAGUCGGAGAAGAAAAUAACGCAAGUAAUGGAAUUGUUAGUGAACAAGAUGGGAUGGCCGCUAAGAAUGAUUACCAAGUACCCGGUGGUCAUGAGUUUGAGUUUGGAGAAGAGAAUUAUCCCGAGAUGUAGGGUUGUAAAAGUUUUGCGGUUGAAGGGAUUGGUAAAUAUUGAAAACCUGAGUUUGAGUACCGUGUUCCUACCGACGGAGAAGAAGUUCUUGGACAGAUUUGUGACCAGAUAUCUCCACCAAGUACCUCAAAUUGUGAGCGUGUAUCAUGGAAAUGUUCGUAUCCAGGAUGUGUGAUAUCUAUUCAUAUUUUGCUGGAGCAGAUUCACUUGGUUGCCAGUGGCAGAAAAUAUAAAUUCGUUGGAGCCUAUGAUGCUGGAUUUGUAGGACUUGCAGGUUUUCUUCAUGCUGUGAAGUUACCUUCUCUACUGAAGUGGAAUGGGGUGGAAUGAAGUGUGUAUUUUCGCUUUGUGAAGAUUCUUUGUUUCUAGGCUCUUCUGCUUGCAUGUCAUCCAGAGACACCACCCAGGACGAAGCCAGAGAUUUGUAUGAGCGGGGCAUCCUCAAACAACAAAAUUUCAGAAAAAAGGAAUGUGGAAGCAACAAGCGAAAGUCACAACUGAAUACGUGUGUGGUAAUUAAUAGUAUACCUCUGGGACCAUUCUCAACUAAGUGGAAGCCAUUCAUUGUUUCCUUGGACUAGCCCCAUGUCCAUGUGAUUAAAUUUAAAGAGGAGUUCAAGUUAUAGACAAAUUUGAAGGUAUUUUAUUUAUUCUUAUUAAUUUUGUGUACGUGUAAAACCUUAGUUUAAAGUUCUUGAACAAGUCGUUAUAUAUUUACGAAAGAAUAUUUUACACUCAUCAUUUCAGGCUCA